UCGCGACACGGUUUACGGCAUUUCCGGUUUCACAGCGGCUUCCUACUUCUCUGUUCUUUUUCAUGCCCUUGCAACCAUGCCUGAGAUGAGCAAAGAAACCAAACAGCGUUUGCAGAAGGUGUUCAAAUGCGGACAGUUCAGCAUCCGCUGGGGAUUUAUCCCCCUCGUCCUUUAUUUAGGAUUUAAAAGAGGAGCGGACCCUGGGAUGCCUGAACCCACAAUACUUAGUUUGCUUUGGGGAUGAAGAAACCCGCAGACAUAAGAUUUCCAAUUCCAACUUCAAGGAUCAAACACAACUAAGUGGAAAAAAUGGCAGUGCAACCAAAACUUUUUAUGGGUUUACAUUGUGUGGAAAUGCCAGAAAUCCAUAGUUACUAUUCAGACAUCAGCCCUGGAUUUACCAGUUAAGAUAAUCUUUCAUGUUAUUUCCAGAAGUGGCUUGGACUCUAGCCAUAAUUACUGAAACUUGGUUUGUCGCAAUGUCAUCUCUUUUCUUUUUUUAUGCAUAAAUAACGCAUGUAAAUUAUGUUUUUUUCCCAAACUAUGUCAUCACUUUCAUGAAUAAAAAGUCUAAUAUAAA